ACGGCGGUUUGGGUCAACUUCUUCCUCUGGCUCGUCAUCGCCGUUCUGGUGGUCGUUCAGCAGCGGCGGAGCUCCGGGUCGAUUUCGACGCCGGCCGGCGCGCUCUUCGGCGACUCUUCCACCACUGCGUCUGAGACCGAGCCGUUUUUCAACCCUCCCUCCAGGCCGCAUUGAAGUUACAACAACAAAUUAAAACGYGUGUGAACGGCGGAACGUACGGUCGGUGAUAUGAAGCUGCGUAAUCCAAAGAUUUAAAUAUUAUUUUGRGUUAAACGUCAGAAUUUGUUCAUUCGGAAAGUUUUUCCCGCUGCAGCUGACCACAGGGGAAAAUGCUUAUUUAAUUGUUAUUUUAAYAUUCUGCACGUUUCUUUGAUGUUAGUGGCCAUUCUACUUACAGCCUUUGUUUCAUUUAKUAAUAGUUA